UGAUCGCGCGCCCGUCACCCAGUCCAGUGCACAAUGCGUUCGAAUUGACGCGGGAAACACGCCAAACUGUAUCUCCGCGAGUACGCCGGCGAGGAGGAGCGGCCGCCGUGCCGGGAGGAGUGGCGCCGGCAGGAGUGGUCGGGCACGCGGAGCCGCCUGCCGCAGGUGGACCGUAGCCCGUCCCGCCGGAGUCCGUACCUCGCGCGCGACGAUGAGCCCUCCCCGGCCCCCGACGAGCGCGGCCGCUCCGCUUCGGCCGGGGCACAUCAUCGUGCACGACCGAGGCCCCUCCGGUACCAGUCGCUCGAACGCGACUACGACCGCUCCUACGCGCCGCCGCCGCCCCCCGAGGAUGACUACUACCGUCGCGAACCACCCCCCCUCUUCCUCGGCGAGCUCCAGUCCCAAAACUCCGACCUUCAACGGGAGCUGGGCAACCUCAAGAAAGAAUUGGAACUGACGAAUCAGAAGCUGGGCUCCAGUAUGCAUAGCAUAAAGACCUUUUGGAGCCCAGAGCUGAAGAAGGAGCGGGCGCUGAGGAAGGAAGAAAGCGCCAAAUACAGCCUUAUUAAUGACCAACUUAAGCUGCUCAACCAAGAAAACCAGAAACAAGCAAUGCUUGUAAGGCAAUUAGAAGAAGAACUCCGUCUACGCAUGCGCCAGCCUGCUCCUGAAUUACAACAACAAUUAGAGGCGCUUUACGCUGAAAACGAACAUCUUCAGAGAGAGAUAGCAAUAUUAAGGGAUACUAUUAAGGAAUUGGAAUUGCGGAUUGAGACUCAGAAGCAAACUUUACAAGCCCGAGAUGAAAGCAUCAAGAAAUUAUUGGAAAUGUUGCAAAACAAAGGAAUGGGUAAAGAAGAGGAAAGACAAAUGUUCCAGCAAAUGCAAGCAAUGGCACAAAAGCAGGAGCUCAAGGCGACGGCGGACACGCUGCGGGCGCUGCAGGCGCAGCUGGAGCGUGCGCUGGCUGCGGCCGGGCUGCCGGGCGGCUCCGCGGGCGCCACGCUCACCGCCGUGCUCGAGACCAAGGAGGCGCGCAUCGCCACGCUGGAGCGGCAGGUCGCGCUGCUCGAGAGCGAGCUGGCCGCGCUCGGCUCCCCGCCGCCGCCCUCGCUCGCGCCCUCGCACGCCUCGCUAUACGAUAAGGCCGACCCUCCCUUCAAGCGACAAUUGGAUGAGUUUCGUCUGGAGAUACAAAGGCGGGACCAGGAGAUCUUGGCCAUGGCAGCAAAGAUGAAAGCGUUGGAGGAACAGCAUCAAGACUACCAGCGUCAUAUAGCCGUCCUUAAAGAAUCGCUUUGCGCUAAAGAAGAACAUUACAGCAUGUUGCAAACUGACGUUGAAGAACUUAAAGCUCGUUUAGACGAGAAGAGUAGAAUGGUUGAAAAGAAAACAGCAGCAGCUCUUGCAGCUGCUCACGAGCUCGCUGAAUUGAGAGAUCACUCUGAAAUCAAAGAUAGAAAAAUAAACGUGCUGCAACGAAAGAUUGAGAAUCUUGAAGAUCUUCUGAAAGAAAAAGAUAACCAAGUAGACAUGGCUAGAGCUAGACUCAAUGCCAUGCAAGCCCACCAUUGCUCCUCCGAAGGUGCCCUUUCCUCCCUUGAAGAAGUCAUUGGCGAUAAAGAAAAGCAAAUUCAACAACUAAGAGAACAGAGAGACAGAGCCGAACACGAGAAAAAUGAAGAAAGAGAGCUACAUGAAAGAGAAAUAGCUGAUUACAAAAUGAAACUCCACGCUCUUGAAAGUGAAGUAGAAAAACUAGGUGCCCGGUUAGAAAGAGCGCAAGCUGAAAAAGACAGGCUUGAAGCUAAACUGGAAAGCUCUCAAUCUGAACUCGGAAAGUCAAAGGCCGAGUUAGACAAAGCUGCAAGUGAAGUUGGUAGAUCGGGUGCUGACUGGGAAGCAGCGAAACAGCGUUUGGCUAGACUCGAACUUGAGAAUGAACGUUUGAAACAUGAGUUAGAGCGAUCCCAAACAACUUUCGGUAGAAGUACGUUAACAACUUCUCAGGAAUUAGACCGAGUCCAAGAGAAAGCAGAUAAAGUGUCAGCAGAAUUGAGACGAACUCAAGCAGAACUAAGAGUCACACAAGCAGAUGCUGAAAGAGCUAGGUCCGAGGCUAGUGCGCUUCAAGAUAAACUAGAAAAGUCACAGGGUGAAGUGUAUCGUCUUAAAGCAAAACUUGAAAAUGCACAAACUGAACAAGACAGCCUCAAGGAAGAAUAUGACCGUGUCCAAUCAUCUGUCAGUCGUCUCCAUUCCGAACGUGAUAAGGCAACAGCAGAACUAGACAAGGCAAGAGAAGAACUAGAAAGAACUCAAGCUACCCUAGGCAAAGCGCAAUUACAGCAAGACAAGCUACAAGCGUCGCUUGAUUCUGCACACUCAGAGAUUGAUAAACUUCAAGAGAAGUUAGACAAAUCAGCUGUUGAAGUAAGAAAGUUGCAAGUGGACCGCGAAAAAUCAGCAUACGACUUCGAAUCCCUUCAGUCACAACUCGACAAAGCCCUGGGUCAAGCGGCUAGACUGCAAAAGGAGAGAGACACUGCCCAACUAGACGCUGAUCGGUUUAGAGACAAGCAUGAGAAAGCACAGGCUCUCGUAAGUCGUGUUCAGAAAGAAAGAGAUGCAGCAUUAGCUGAAAGUGCAAGUAGCCGCGAGCGUGCCGAGGCUGCAGCUGCAGCGGCUAACAGAGCAGCUAGAGACAGGGACAGUGCUGCAACGGAAUUAGAUGUACUCAGAGAGAGAUGGGAAAAAGCACAUCAACAACACCAGAAAUUAACGAUGGAAAGAGAUGACGCCCUGACAGAAUUAGAAAUUCUGAAGGAGAAACUUGAUAAAGCCCUGUACUCUACACAAAAGACCGUCGAAGAGAAAGAAAUUGCGCACAAAGAAUACGAAAAAAUGCUUGAAAAGUAUGAUAGAUCCCAGAAUGAAAUCUACCGUCUUCAAAACAAGAUAGACAUCCUUGAAGCUGACAAGGAUCGCCUUGAAUUGGAAUUGGAGAAAAAUGUUCAUUUAUCGACCAAAUCUAGGGAGGACGCAAGGAAGAUGCAAGACGAACUCGCUAGAUUACAGGAAAUGUAUGACAGGGCUUCAUUACAACUUGGAAGAACUAAAGAACAAGAAGAGAAAGCUAAAGAAGAUAUGGACAGACUAAGUGUUGAUAUUGAAAUGGUACGAGAACGUUACGAAAAGGGCCAAAUUGAGCUACGCAGAUUACAAGCAGAAAAAGAAAAACUGAUAGCCGAUAGCGAACGAUUACAAUUUGAAUAUGAUCGAGCAAUGACUCAGUGUGGAAAAGCUCAAGCCUCGAAUGAAAAAACUCAAGAGGAAAUGGCAAGAGUACAAAUAGAACUUGAAAAGAUGUAUGAUAAACAUGACAAAGCAUCGUCAGAAUUAAGAAGAGUUCAGGCAGAAUUAGAUAAAGUUAAAACCGAUGCAAGUGGAGCAAGGGAGGAAGCAGAAAGAUAUGCAGCACGAUAUGGAAAAUAUCAUGAUACUAAAGAAGAGCACGAAAGAACUAAGCUGGAGAUGGAACGUCUGCGCACACGACUAGAGAAGACAAAUCUAGAGUUGGAGCGAGCGCGGAAGGCUGAAGAAGAAGUAACCCGUCUUCGCUCGGAGCUCGAACGCGUCGAAGGCCUCCGAGGUAAAUACCAAUUCGAACAGGAUAAAUGGAGUACAGAAAUAAAUAGACUUCAGUCUGAGCUCGAUAAAACACGUGAACGCUACGAGACAUCACAGACUGAAAUUCAACGACUACAAAGUGAAAAGGAACAAGCUGAAACUAAAUUCCAUGAGUUAAAUAUACAGCUUGAACUUUCCAAGAGUGAGGUAGCUAAGUUAAGCACAGCGAUGGAAAAGCAACGUACAGACCUUGAACGCGCUCAUAUUGAGUGUGAGAAAUUUAGAGACCGGUGUGAGAAAUUAAAAUUGCGUUCAGAACAGUUGGAUAAAGAUAACGAAAGGCUUAAGGGUGAGUUACAACAGAUCGAGAGGAUGAAAUUACAAGCUGUUGCUGGUGACAAAGCCAGAACUGAAGAUAGGCUAGAAAUUGAACGCCUUCGUGAUAAGUUGGAAAAAGCUAUUCAAGCUAGAGAUGCCACCGAAAUGGAAGCAGGUCGUUUAGCUAAGGAACUUGAAAAAUCACAGAUGCAUUUAGCUAAAUAUCAAGAGACCAAUGAAACAACUCGCGUAGAAUAUGACAGAAUGACUAAUGAGUUAGGUAGAAUGCACGAGCGUUUGGAGCGUACAAUUCUUGAAAUGCGUCAAAUCGAACAAGAAAGAGAUGCGCUUAGAGUUGAGAUACAAAAUACAAGACGUAAUGUUGAACAGCAACAGAGAACUCUCGAUCAUAGAACGCAAGAAACUUUAGUAAAAUUGCAACAAGAAUUAGCUCAAUCGGUACGAGACCGAGAAAAAAUGGCAUCCAUUCUAGAACAGAGAGAUAAACAAGCAGAUGCAAUAGAAAAACAAAUAGUUAAACUAGAGGCAGACACAAAACAAUUGACUAUCGAACGUGAUCAGUUAGUAGCACAGUUAGAGAAAUCCCAAGACAUGUUAGUAAAUUUCCAGAGAGAGCUAAAUUCAUCGGAAACAGAGCUUCAGAAGCAGCGUGAAGAAGUAAGAAGGUUAAAAGAGGAACAAAGGAAAAUAGCGCAAGACUCAGAACGAGGUGCAAAAUCUGUUAUUGAAAACAGAGAUAGAGAGAUUGCGAAGCUUCAACAACAAGUUCAGUCCGUCUCCAAAGAAAAAGACGCUUUCAGACAAAGAGCAGAAAGAGCAGAAAAAGAUGCACAGAGAGUUGGUGAAAUUGAAAAAUGGAAGGCUGUUGUUGAACAAGAAAAAACUAAAGCCAUUGCAGCAGAAAAGGCGUUGUCAGAAUGUCAACAGCGUUUACAAUCUUUGGAGAAACAAUUCCAGGCGCAACAUCAUCAAUUGCAGCAGCUUCAAGCACGAGGACCGUCCGACGUGCGUGAGGUUCAGAAGCAGCUUGAAGCAGCUCAAGCAGAGGCGCGGUCCCUUGCCGUGGAGAGGGAGCGUUGCCAGUCGCAGCUCGAGAUGCUCGUUCAGGAAUUGGAAAAGAGCCAGCUCGAUCUCCGAGAAGCGAACAAGAAACUCCAAGCGGCUGGCAGUCAGAGCGCCAAAGCUGGGGAAGAUACCGCUCAAGCUAGAAAACAACUGCAAGAAGAAUUUAAGAAGUUAGAAGACGCGAGAAAACAAUUUGAAGAGAAUAGAAGAAUGGUUGAAAAUAAACGAAAAGACGUGGAGGAGAAGGAGAAAUCGCUGACGGAAUUAGAUCGACAGUUAAAGAAACGAAAAGAGCAAAUGGACCAAAUGGAAGCAUCUUUGAGGAAGGCUGGCGGCAGCGCAGCAGCAGUUACAGAUAUGAAUCGCAAACUAGGUGAGACACAGAAGGAAGCUGAUCAACUGAAGCAACAGCUGAAGACCAGUGAGGAAGAGUCGAAGCGACUUGCAGCGGAGACGGAGCGGCUGCUGCAGCUGGUGCAGAUGUCGCAGGAGGAACAGGCUCAGAAGGAGAAGCAGAUAAUGGAUUUGCAACAAUCUAUAAGGAACCUUCAAGCCAAACUGAAAAGUCAGCAACAAGCACAAGCACAAAGAGAAGAGGCCGGGCCCGCUGGCUUCCUCAAAAGCUUUUUCUAAGUUAGUUCUUCUCACCAAGACUGUCGUUUGUUUAUUUUCUCUUUUCGUUAAAAAGUUUACUUUAACUGACGCGUUAUUAACAAUUCCGUGAGCGACCACUCCAGACUCCACGUCUUUUGUUAAUAAAAUUAUAUCACUAAGCUUUACAAUUGCAAUUCGUAUUAAGUAAUGUUAUUAAAAUUUGUAUUGAAUAUUAUAAUGAAGUGUUCAGAUAAUAAUAAAAUAUCAUCUCUUGUUGAUAAUCAGAAAAGAAAACCAUAUAUACAGGUUUUUGAGUUCAGUUCAUUGUAACCAGCACACAAGUAAGGUAAUUAGUUUAGCGAUAAUUUUUAAGUGAUGUUUAAUGAAAAAAUUGAAUAAUCGUGUUCAGCGGGAACUAUUUUUUAAGUAUUAAUAAAAAAUAACAAUUGUAAAACUGUUAAGUAUUCAUGUACCUUAGUAGAACAGUAAGUUGUCCAUUAGCCGAUGUUACCAGCUUUCAAUCUUGUUAUGCGAAUUAUCAAUUGACUAUGAAUAAAAGAAAAUCUAUGUUGA